AUGUUCCUCCUUCUUUUGCUGGUUAUGCAUCUUAAUGGGCUGCAGGCAGGCCAGAAUCCUCACAAAACCACCCUGCAGACAACGGUUCCUGAAAAGAUCUCAUCACCAGAUGUGGAAAAUGAUCCAGAAAACCAUAUGGCUUAUCUUAUCACAAUAAAUGAAAAACCCCAUUUCAUCCAUCUUAAAAAACAAUCAUUUAUAAUUUCAACUACAGUGGCUUAUACUUAUGACAGACAUGAUGUUCAACAUUCUCAGUCUUUGUCAGCUCUGAAAGAUUGCUUUUACAAUGGAUAUGUUGCAGGUUUUCCAAAUUCUAUUGUGACCCUCAGUGUUUGCUCAGGACUCAGUGGAACAAUACAACUUGAAGAUGUCUCCUAUGGAAUCGAACCCGUGGAAACCCUGUCAGGAUUUGUGCACGUGAUCUAUGAGAACACAAAUGAGCAGGUUAAGAUUCCUGACUUAGGGGAGAAUCAGACGUACCGCUGGUCUGACGACGUAGACCUCCAGAUCCGAAGCAACUUGAAAAGAGCUGAAUUUACCACGUUACGGCCACGAUUCAUUAAGAUGGAUCUCAUCGUGGAUAAAAAGCUGUUUGAUUACAUGGGGUCUGACACUAAAGUUGUGCUACAGAAAGUCAUUCAGGUCAUCGGUUUUAUAAACACCAUGCUCUCCAAGUUAAAACUGACUGUUGUAAUAAAUUCCAUUGAAAUCUGGUCGAAGGAAAACAGAAUUAAUUUCUCAGAAGUGCCUGAUAAAUUAUUGGUUCAGUUUUUACAUUGGAAACGUAAGCAUAGACCAGAAAACAUUACAUACUUGCUGGCAUUUGAGGAGCACCCUGCUUCCACAGGAGCCCUAUAUCCAGGGGAUCUGUGCAAAUUUGAUUUCAAUGCUGCUGUUGCUCUGUACCCGAAAGGUUUAUCGUUGGAAUCAUAUAGUGUCAUUGUCCUGCAGCUGCUAAGUAUCAGUAUGGGCUUGACUUACGACACUGACAACUGCUACUGUACAGGAGAUGUUUGCCUAAUGACGCCCAAAGCCAUAUAUUCUGGGGGUAUGAAGGAUUUCAGUACUUGUAGCUUGGAUGACUUUAAAUACCUCUCAACAAGACAAGACCUUGGAUGUCUCCGGGACUUCCCUUUGGAAAGAAACCGACCCCCACAAAGAAAGCCAAGGAGAAUCUGUGGCAACGGGUUGCUGGAGUUGAAUGAACAAUGUGAUUGUGGCACUUUGAAGAACUGUACACACAAAAAAUGCUGUGACCCCAUGUCAUGCCGAUUGAAGCCCAAUGCCACAUGUGGCUCCGGGGAGUGCUGUGCUCAAAACUGCAAGGUAAAACCGGCUAAUACAUUGUGUAGAACGGCAGACAAUGAAUGUGACCUUAUAGAGUACUGUAAUGGAAGAGAACCCUAUUGUGGCCCUAAUAUGUACGUACGUGAUGGGCAUCCUUGCAACUCAGGUCAAGCCUUUUGUUUUGGAGCAGUUUGUCAUACUUCUGACAAUCAGUGUAUGGACUUGCUUGGGAAAUAUGUGAGAGGUGGUUCCUUCCAGUGCUUUGAAGAGUUUAAUACCAGAGGCGACAGAUUUGGCAACUGUGUUUCUAACUUUUGUGCUUUCGAAAAUGUUCUCUGUGGGAAAUUAAUCUGUACAUGGCCAUUCAAGAGGCUAUUUUUGAAACCCAAUAUGUCUGCGGCUUAUGGACAAGUCCGAGAUGACUUAUGCAUCUCUCUGUAUAAAGGCGGGAGAAUAGUUAAGCCGACAAAGACAACAUAUACCGAUCUAUCAGACAGAGACGAGACAUUUGUACAAGAUGGCACAAUCUGUGGCCCUGGAAUGUAUUGUAGGCAGACAGAAUGCAAAGAAGCUAGAUUUUACAUGAAUGAUCAAGUGUGCAGUACUUCUGGAACUUGCAACGGCCAUGGAGUUUGCAACAAUGUUAACCACUGUCAUUGUGAUAUGGGAUAUUACCCUCCUUAUUGCGAGCCACGAAAAGGAGAGUUUGGCAGUAUUGAUGAUGGACACACAUAUUAUAUUGAAGGUAAAACCAGUAAUCAGCAAACUCAUGGUAGUCUCCCCAAGCAACGACUUCAGCUUGUUCUUUAUAUAUCUAUCCCCUUAGUUAUGGUCGUUUCAGCUGUAGUCAUAAGGCAAAGUAAACUGAGUCGUCUGUGCCGCAGAGAAAGAAGCGAAAGCAACAGCUCUGUAACAGAAGACAGUGUGAGUAACCCCAAGGUGACCACCAGUGGAGGAAGCUCACUUGCGGAUCCACCAAUCACACCAAAUCCAGAAAGGAUUCUGAAUGUUUUUGCUGUGAAGAAACACUAA